AUGGCAAACAUGAAUAAUAUGAGUGCUGUUUACGCAACUGAUGAGUACGGACGUCCUUUUAUUAUAGUGAGAGAGCAACAGAAAAAAAGUCGACUUAGUGGAAUUGACGCCAUAAAGUCUCACAUCUUAGCAGCAAAGACUGUAGCAAACAUUAUUAAAACUUCUCUGGGGCCUAGAGGUCUUGACAAAAUCCUGAUCUCUCCAGAUGGUGAUAUCACAGUAACCAAUGAUGGCGCCACUAUCUUGACGCAGAUGGAGGUGGAGCAUCAAAUCGCGAAAUUAUUAGUUCAACUAUCUAAAUCUCAAGAUGACGAAAUAGGAGACGGAACAACUGGUGUAGUUGUUCUGGCUGGUUCCCUUCUUGAACAAUGUGAAACUCUAUUAGAUCGCGGAAUUCAUCCAAUUCGGAUAUCGGAUGGAUUUGAAAGUGCAUGUAAAAUUGCUGUUGAACACUUAAAUAAAAUUUCUGAUGUAGUUGAUUUCACAAAAGAAAAUACUGAAAAUUUAUUUAAAACUGCUAUGACAAGUCUUGGAAGUAAAAUCGUCUCUAAACAUCACGAGCAAUUCGCUAAAAUAGCUGUAGAUGCUGUAUUAUCAGUUGCUGACUUAGAGCGCAAAGAUGUUGAUUUUGAACUCAUUAAAGUUGAUGGUAAAGUUGGUGGAUCUCUUGUUGACACUAUUCUUGUACAAGGUGUUGUUGUUGACAAGGAUAUGUCGCAUCCGCAAAUGCCACGAGAAGUUCGAGAUGCCAAAAUUGCCAUAUUGACAUGUCCUUUUGAACCUCCAAAACCAAAGACUAAACAUAAAUUGGACAUUACUUCUGUUGAUGAAUACAAAAAAUUGCAAAAUUACGAGAGGGAGAAAUUUGAAGAGAUGAUUAAACGCGUCAAAGAUACAGGCGCAAACUUAGUUAUAUGUCAAUGGGGUUUUGAUGAUGAGGCAAAUCAUCUACUAAUGCAGAAUAAAUUACCUGCUGUUCGAUGGGUUGGUGGUCCAGAGAUUGAGUUAAUUGCCAUUGCCACUAAUGGUCGCAUAGUACCACGCUUUGAAGACCUUAGACCCGAAAAACUUGGCGUGGCUGGCCUUGUACGUGAGAUUUCUUUCGGAACUACAAAGGAUCGUAUGUUAGUUAUUGAAGAAUGCUCAAAUUCUCGUGCUGUCACUGUGUUCGUACGAGGCAGUAACAAAAUGAUUGUUGAUGAGGCUAAACGUGCUACUCAUGAUGCGCUUUGUGUUGUGCGUAACUUAGUUCGUGAUAAUCGUGUUGUAUAUGGUGGUGGUGCCGCCGAAAUUAGUUGUUCUCUUGCUGUUUCUAAAGCUGCAGAUCAGAUAUCAUCUAUAGAACAACAUGCUAUACGUGCAUUCGCCUAUGCUUUAGAUGCGAUUCCCAUGGCAUUAGCUGAAAAUUCAGGACUUUCUCCAAUAGAAACUUUGGCUGAUAUCAAAUCUCGUCAAGUUACCGAGAAUAAUAGUCGCCUUGGUAUUGAUUGCAUGAUGACUGGGUCUAAUGAUAUGAAAGAAAAAUUUGUUUACGAUCCUCUUAUUUCAAAAAGACAACAAUAUUUAUUGGCUACACAACUAGUAAAGAUGAUUCUCAAGAUUGAUGAU